AUGGAUAUUAGCACCCUAAAAGAAAAGCGCAUAUGCAUAGACGAUUCGAGUAGGGCGCACAAAGAAAAGUAUACAACCUUUUUUUUGCUAAACCCAGAUGGUAUACUCGACUCGGUUGCGGGGCUAGAAAAUUUGGCAUUUUCCUUUGAGAGGAUUUCUUACAAAAACGCUAGAUGCUAUAAAUGCCUAUCGGUUUUUUCCUGCGAAAGCAGUGCUGUGUAUAGAGCCUGCCCUAAGUGCCAUGUUGUGAACGCACUAGUGCCCCACGACAGCAUAGGACGAAAAGUUAUUAUUCUCAUUUGCUACCACUGCAACAGGAGGAACCUCACAAAUAUUGACUGUUCAUAUGUGCAAUGCUUUUUCUGCAGCUGUGUGAACCUUUCGCAACUCACAAAAAAUAGGAGAGACGCGAGGCCCUCCUCGGGGAACAGCGCCAAGGAAAGUUGCGAAGAUAGUUGCGAGGAAAGUUGCGAAGAAAGUUGCGAAGAAUGUUGCGAAGAACGUCCUAGUGGAGAGGGAGCACAGAGUGAUGUUGAAAAUGGGUCCCUCCAAAACAAUGCCAGUUUUGAACACGAUAGGGAGAAUGACAAAGAGGAAGAUCCGAGCGGACAAAGAACGAACAACAAACUGUUUAGUGAAGAAAAAGCACACGGAUACCCACCGGAAAUGAAUUAUUCAAAUGAGGACUAUCGAAAAAAAUUCUCUAAAUCAAAUAACAGUGGGUAUAAUAAUAGUAUGAAUUAUAUGCCCUACUCAAAUGACAGGUAUCAAAACGACUACAUGAGGAAUUCGAGCAGCAACUAUGGCCAAAUGAAUUACAUGAAAAAGGGGAGCAACGAUAAGGGUAACUACUCUCAUGUUAUGAGUGUUAGCCACAGCAAUGGCAGGGUCGGCAACCCCUGUGGUGGGUACUCACGAGAGCACAACAGCUUUUAUAGCGACGAGUAUGACAAGAACUACAAAGCCAGCUAUUCCCACACCAACGCGCAUGUAAAUUCUUGGAACAAAGACAGCAAAAUGUAUGGAAGCAAUAAUCACGACAUGCACAGAUCGGAAAAGUAUAACGAGAAAUUGGGAACUAUUGUCGAAUCUGGAAAUGUUAAAAGAAAAACAAUCAUGUUUAAUAACAUCAAUGAUUCGAACUCCAAAAAAAUAAAUAAAACUAUAAGCUUUCUCGAAAUGGAUAAAAAAAGAGAUAGCGAUGUCAGGGCAUGUAUUGAAUAUUUUAACUCCUUACGUAAAGGAAAAAAUGAUGAUAUUAAAACCAUCCUUGAAAAUCAAAACUAUAAAGAAUUAAAUAUUCCCAAAGAGCAUCUCGAAAAUAGAGAUUUUUACAGAUAUGUAGAGUACUAUAAAAAACAUAACUUGAAAGAUUUAAUAGAUCAAUUUAAUGAAUCUGCUACGAAUGACCGGAAUAAAAGCAAAGAUUUUGGUGGGAAUGGGAAGACCCCUUCUUCCUUUGUUUCGAAUGUACCAAAUAAAGAUAAAGCUAAAGAGAGUGGUAGCAGUAAGGGAUAUGAUAAAGGUAAGAACGGUGCGGGGAAUCCCUCGGGGAAUGAAAAAAACACAAAUAGCAAAAGCACAGACAAUAAUACGAAAAAAAACAAACGCUCGGAAAAUGACUCGCGUGAUGAUCACACUAAUGGGGAUGGAGACGCAUACCAUAAGAAGAAAAAGUCCAAGUGCGAUCAGAAUUUGAAGCCCACUUUUUACACCAUAAACGAUUUGUUCGACUAA